UUCGAGUUGUCCGGCAGUAGACGAGCGCAAAUCUAACAAAACGGUAGGCUGUUGAAAGAAUUUGUCAGUGAAGAUAAUUCGCUACGAGGUCCCCACGGUUUCUGUUCAAUUAAAAUCGCUCUUAGUGCGUGAGCGUUAAUGUUAAAAUCGUUCAGGAAACGAUAGUUAUGGCUGUGAAUCCCAUCCUGAGACCAAUUUUUAACUUAAGUAGACGUUUGAGGCCGGUGUCCACAAGCAGUGUUAGAUUUAGCGGAUCAACGUCAGAAGAUCCCAACAUCUUAAAGUCCCCCUUUGGUGCUAUUGAUGUUCCAAGAACAAACAUCACCGAUUUCUUGUUCGAGAAGACUUCCAAAUGGGGACACUUGAUUUCUACAGAAUGUCCUAUUACUGGAAGAAAGUACACUCAUGAUGAGAUACAAAGAGGAUCCAGGAAUUUAGCCGGUGCGCUGAGGAAAAAAUUGAAACUCAACAGGAAGGAUGUCGUAGGUAUACUAUUACCUAAUACUCCAGAAAUGCCUAUUGCUGCUCUAGGUAUCCUUCAUGGUGGUAUGGCAGCAACAACAUUGAAUCCAACCUAUACUCCAGAGGAAAUAUGUCGUCAGUUGUUAGAUUCUGGAGCGAAAGCACUGAUUACUUUGACAGAUUUCUGGCCAGUGGCGAAAAAGGCUGUGGAAAUGACCAAACGAAAUUUGUACAUUCUGACGAUAAAUACCAAGGAAGGACAAGCUACACCAUCGGGUGCUAUCAAUUUCGCCGAAUUUAUAAGGGAAAAAAUCGAAGUCGAUGAUCGCAAUCACAUAUCCCAUGAGGACAUCGCGUUUAUGCCAUAUUCUAGUGGCACAACUGGACUUCCAAAAGGUGUCCUCCUCACCCAUAGCAACAUGUUGUCGAAUCUUGCCCAGUUAGAUGUUCCAGGUCUGAACUACUUAGAAGAAAGUACAAAUGACCACCAAGACGUAAUACCAGUAAUUCUUCCGCAGUUCCACAUCUAUGGUCUUUUGGUCUCGAUGAUAUUGAGUACAUCAAGAGGUUGUAAACACGUUAGCAUUCCAAAAUUCGAACCAAAACUCUUCAUAGAAGUUUUGGCGAAAUAUAGGCCUCACGUCCUUUUCGUGGCACCUCCUCUAGUGAUAUUCAUGUCGACGCAGGAUGCAGUCAAAGCUGAAUAUUUGUCAAGAGUAAGGAGCAUCGUGAGUGGAGCGGCACCUUUAGGUGCAAGUGAUGAAGAAAGGUUCAAGAAGAAAGUUAAUGUUUUUAUAGGGCAAGGUUAUGGCAUGACGGAAACAUCACCAGUCAUAGCUAUGUCGACAAAUGACGGGAAAGCCACCCCCGGUUCAACUGGGACACCUGUUCCAAGCACAGAAAUCAAAUUUUGCAACAUAAACGACCUUGAAGGUGCAGCACUGGGCCAUAAUCAACCAGGUGAAAUUCUUGUGCGAGGACCACAAGUCAUGAAAGGCUACCAUCUUAGGCCUAAGGAAACUGAGGAAACCUUACUCAAAGAUGGCUGGUUGAGAACCGGAGACAUCGGAUUUUAUGACGAAAGAGGAUGUAUCACCAUCACCGACAGGCUGAAGGAAUUGAUCAAAGUCAAAGGCUUCCAGGUACCUCCCGCCGAACUAGAAGAAGUUAUUAGGGAAUAUCCCGACGUUGUUGAGGUUGGAGUUAUUGGAAUUCCAGAUGAAAGAUCCGGGCAGGUGCCUAGAGCUUAUGUAGUUAUGAAGCCUGGAGCGCAGUUUGACGAGAAGAAGAUACAAGAUUUCGUGAGGAACAAGGUUGCGAGUUACAAAGAAUUGAAAGGAGGAGUCAGUGCUGUUGAAAGUUUGCCAAUGAACGCAUCAGGAAAAAUUUUGAGACGGCAACUUCGCGAGCUUUACGAGAAGGACAGAAAAUGAUGUUGACCAAUCAUGACCAUUUCAAAUGAAACAUUUUUAUUAUAAGAGUUAUUCAUCCGUGAACCUAUUAUAGGUACCUAUCAAUUCGGGAGUUGAAAUAGGAAAUACGAAUAUGGGUUAUGUUAUAUAGUUAACAUCAUCAAUUUUUAAAAUUGAAUAUACGAUUUUAAUGCAAUUGAACCUUUAGAAUGUUCAAUAUGACACAGGAAACAAAAAAAACUGAAAAAAUGUACAUAAAACCGACGAUUUGAAAAAGCAAUCCAUAUUUUUGUAAGUGAAAAGUAAAAAAUAUGCCUGUAUGAAUUUUAGGUAUUUGUGGAAAUUAAAUGCAUUUAUCAUUAUACCAUCUGUCAAGCGAGCUAUUUGAAUAAAGAAAAUAGCUUUUAA